CCAGACAUAAUAAGUACAGAGUUGAUAAAAAUGUCUGUCCAGGACCGUCGCCAGUCAUUAUUUCGUAUACCCCACAAAUAAUAUCGUCAUGUCUGGUCGUGGAAAAGGUGGCAAAGUAAAGGGGAAGAGCAAGACUCGGUCCAGUCGUGCUGGUCUUCAGUUUCCUGUAGGUCGUAUCCAUCGUCUUCUGCGAAAGGGAAAUUAUGCAGAAAGAGUUGGUGCUGGAGCUCCAGUGUAUCUUGCUGCAGUUUUAGAAUAUUUGGCAGCUGAGGUUCUUGAGUUGGCCGGUAAUGCUGCUAGAGAUAACAAGAAGACCAGAAUAAUUCCAAGACAUCUGCAGCUGGCCAUCAGAAACGACGAGGAGUUGAAUAAAUUACUCUCUGGCGUCACAAUUGCACAAGGUGGAGUUCUACCCAAUAUCCAGGCUGUUCUACUUCCCAAAAAAACCGAAAAGAAAGCAUAAUUCCUACUUCCCCUAACGCUUCAAAAAAAAAAAGGCCCUUUUAAGGGCCAGAAAAUGUACGAAGAAGAGAAUGCUUAAUUGCUUAUACUGAAAAUUGCAGCAUACGUUGGUAAAUCUUUUCCAUACAUAUAUUUCAUUCAAAAUUCGCACAAAGAUGUGCUCCCAGGACACAUUCGUAUAUAUUUUCAUGUACAUUAUAAAACAUUAACUCAUGGGACUCGGAAAGAAAGGCUAAUGCUAAACUAUAGGUGAAGGGAGUUUAAGGCGCAUCUGAGAAGUGGCGCCAUCUUGCUGUAUACAUUUGUACUGAAAAGUCGUUCUAUUCUUAACUUUCGUAAGUUAUUACAACGCAUAGUUCGGUGUUUUAAGCCCCUCUUCAGAAAUUACAAAUAAUUUAAUUAGAUGGAAUAAUUGCUAUCACAAUAGAUUUUUAUUUAAAAGAAUGAUGUAAUGUAAAGUAAAACAAAUUAAUAUAAAAAAAAAGACGGAAUACAUGACAGCAAUUAUAUUGAAUCUUAUUAAAUUAUUUGUAUGGCCCUGAAAAGGGCCUUUUUUCUUUACUUUGAACAAAUUAUG